GAGCGAAACCGUAGCGCGUUGGAGGCAUUGAACGCGGAAGAGAAAGACUGGUGGAGUCAGUGUACUCCCCACCAAGGCCCAGUCUCCCAACUGGGAGCGUCGGUUAAUGGGGACGUCGUCAGGAUGGUGGGCUUGAGGACUGCAAAGAAUUGAACUCUAGAAAGUGAAAGAUUAUGUGACUUAAGAUCGAGGAAGACGUGCCUCAUCUCCAGAUAUCCCACUGAAGCCAUCAAUCAACCUGACCGAACCCACUCAUCCACUGUUCAUCCUCGCCGUCCAAUGACAAGAUGAGGACAGGGUUGCAGUUACAGUACUUUGGAUCAAAAUUUCGGAAAAAGGCUCUCUUGUUUGUAGUAAUUAUUCAGUUUUACAUUCAGGCUGGGCAGACCAAGACUGAGAGUUCAGAUGUGGACAAUAAGUGUGGUGAUAACUUGUGCAUCAAUGGAGAAUGCAUAGAUGGAAACUGCACCUGCUAUGCUGGAUGGAAGGGUCCAAGCUGCCAGCUGUGUGGAGGAAGAGUCAGGUUGACGGAGCCGGAGGGCGUGAUAACGCACGGCAUAGGGAACUAUUCCAUCGACAUGCAGUGCACCUGGCUGGUCGACGGCUCCAAGGAUAACCGAACCAUUCAGCUGUACAUGGACAGCUUUGCCACAGAGUGUGGCUGGGAUCAUGUCUACAUAUUCGACGGAGAUAGUGUUUAUAGCAAUCUACUAGCUGUGUACAGCGGGAUGGUGCAGUUGGACAAGUACGCAAGCCACAACCUGACGUCGCUGGAGGCCAAGUCGGGGGCCGCCUACAUCCACUUCUACUCGGACGCGGCGUACAACAUGACCGGCUUCAAGAUCACCUACAGGUACCACUCGUGCCCGAGCGUCUCCAGUCGGCUGAACUGCUCUGGCAACGGCGCCUGCGACCCGGAGUCGGGCCAGUGCACGUGCAACGCCGGCUGGAGCGGGCGCGCCUGCAGCGAGCCGCACUGCCCGCGCGACUGCAGCGGCCGCGGCGUCUGCGACCCCCAGCAGCACCGCUGCCGCUGCCACGACGGCUACACGGGCUCCGACUGUAGCCAGGGGGAGGAGCUGGGCUACUGGGAGUUGCUGCCACCCUCCAAGUACGUGCCACCCGGCCGCGCCUCCCACGCUUCCGUCGUCAAGGGCGACUCCAUCUGGCUGCUCGGAGGGGAGUCCUUUGCGCCCAGCGACUUCGUCGUCAAAUAUGACGUCAACGGUGGCGUGUGGGAGCCGUUCCAUACCCGCAGCCCCCAAGUGCCGAAGCCUCGGUACGGACACUCGGCUGUGCUCAGAGGGGAUAACAUCUACAUGUACGGCGGCGUGACCAACGAGGGCGUGACGACGCGCGAGCUGUGGGCACUGGACACGACCACGCAGAGUUGGGAGGCCAAGAACGUGCGGCCAGACGUGUGCUACCGCGAGGUGUGCGGCCCGCUGGCCGUCGUGGGUCACUCGGCCGUCGUUGUCAGCGACGACCGCAUGCUGGUGCUAUUCGGACACUCUCCCGUCUACGGAUACGUCAACUACGUACAGGCGUACCACUUUGGGACGGGCAAGUGGAGCGUUCACGGCUCGCGGGGCGCUCUGCUGAAGGGCAGCUACGGCCACAGCAGCGUGUGGGACGCACACAGCGGCCUCGUAUACGUCUACGGCGGCCACCUGUCCGACAACAUCGCCACCUACUUCAUGUCCAACUUGCUGCACGCCCUCAACCCGGACACGAUGGAGUGGACGCGGCUCUCGUCGGUCGACUCGUCCCGCUUCCUGCACUCGGCCGUCAUGCUGGACGGCCUGAUGCUGGUGUUUGGCGGCAAUACGCACAACGACACAUCGUACAGCCAGGGCGCGCGCUGCUACAGCCAGUCGUUCCUGGCGUACGACCCCAGCUGCGACCGCUGGCACCGGCUGACGUCGCCCCUCCACUUCCACCACGACCUCUCGCGCUACGGCCACGCCGCCGUCGUGUUCGAGGGCAGCAUGUACGUGGUGGGCGGCUACAACGGCCGCAUGUUCAACGACGUGCUGCGCUUCCGGCCCGGCCGCUGCGAUGGCAACGGCAGCAGCAAGUCUUGCUUGGCCAGCGCCACCAUCGGCGCCAAGUGCGCCUGGAACGUCAAGGCGCGCGCCUGCGAGCCGUUCGCCAGCGCCGGCGCCAAGACGCACGUGCUGUGUAAUGCCGACGACGAGGGGGACGGACCGAGCGCGGCCGAUGAGUGCGCUGCCAUCGCCUUCUGCCCCACGUGCAUCUUCUCCAAGCACGACUGCGUGUGGUGUGGCAAGACCUGCGCCCACCAAAAGUGCAAAGGCAUCAGCAAGCCAAUCACGUCGGCCGACCAAUGCCAGGCCAACUACGCCUCCAACUGCAACCUGCUGCACAACUGUCACGCGUGCCACACCGAGCCGUACUGCAAGUGGGAGCACGACCACAAGUGCUACACCUACAUCGUCGAGACCAAAGAACCGCCCAUUCCCAACAACAAGACCGAGAGAGAGAUGGUGAGCAAGAUCCAGCAGGCGCCUUGCGGCCCUUCCUGCAGCGAGCGCACCACCUGCGACAACUGCACGGCCGCCAGCUGCAUGUGGUGCAUCAACAAGAUGAGGUGCGUGGAGAACAACGCAUACGUGGCGUCCUUCCCGUACGGCCAGUGCAUGGAGUGGACCACGCAGAAGGCCAAGUGUGACGUCAUCCCGCCCGGCGGCUCGUCCUGUAACGCGCACCAGACGUGCGAGCGGUGCCAGGAGGACCCGGGCUGCGGCUGGUGCGACAACGGCUCCGGCACCGGGGUCGGCAGCUGCCUGGCCGGCGGCUUCAGCGGUCCGUUAGACCAGCAGUGUCCCAACAAGCUAUGGAACUUCCUCAGCUGCCCACCCUGCCAGUGCAACGGACACAGCACCUGCUACCCGGGCAACAGCACGUGUCAGCCGUGCGGCGACCUGACCGACGGCGACCACUGCCACAUCUGUCAGCCGGGCUUCUUCGGCGAUCCCGUCAACGGCGGCAAGUGCCAGCCGUGCGACUGCAACAACCACGGCACCGACUGCCACUCCGAGACGGGCAAGUGCUACUGCAACACCAAGGGCAUCAUCGGCGACCACUGCGAGCGCUGCGACACGCAGAACAAGUUCCUCGGCGACCCUUCCAGCGGCGACGACUGCUUCUACAACUUGGCGCUGGACUUCCAGUUCACGUUCAACAUGACAAAGUCGGAGGAUCUCCAUUUCAAGCGCAUCAACUUCAUGAACCGCCCGAUACGGAGCGAUCUCAACACGGACUUCCACAUCACGUGUUCGCAGGCCGCCAAGAUGAACAUUACGGUGAAAACGGUGCUGGAGGCGGAGCGGGUGAUCCUGGCCGACUACAACUGCACUCAGUACGAGCGCACCUUCACCCAGUCCGAGUACAACUUCGGUACGCCCGACAACACCACCUUCUACGUGUACGUGUACAACCUGCGGCCGCCGCUGUUCGUGCAGGUGGCCUUCUCGCAGCACCCGCGACUCAACCUGCGCCAGUUCUUCAUCACCUUCUCCACCUGUUUCCUGUUGUUGUUGCUCAUCGCCGGACUGCUGUGGAAGAUUAAGCAAAAGUACGACAACUACCGCCGCCGUCAGCGGCUGUUUGUGGAGAUGGAGCAGAUGGCGAGCCGGCCAUACGCCCAGGCGCUGCUGGAGGUGGUGCGCCGCGGGUCGGCCGCGCCCGCCCAGCCCGUCGCCGUCCGAAAACGACACCGGGCGGUACCCUGCCCGAUCGUGCUGGAGCAGUGCUCCGGGAACCGGGCGGCGCUCAUCACCGUGGUCAUCGAGAGCCCCACGGGCGGCCAGCAGUACUCGCCGGCCGGCGUGUCAGGCAUUAUAGUGGGCACGGCGCUGGUGGCGGACGGAACCAGCGGCAAAGAUAGCGUGGACCGCUCCACCAAGGCGGACAGCAAGAAGACCCAGAAGACGGUGCCGCCUGGCGCCACCGACGUCUGCAUCUAGUGCUCCCCUCCGCUCCUGCCCUCCUCCCCGCGGAACUCAGUCUGCGUGUGUGAGACUUGGAUGUGCAUGUGCUUCGCGCUCCCCGGGCUGCUGACGGCGGGCGCCCGGAUUGUGAUAAUGUAGUCAAUACACAUAAUGAAUGCUUUAUAUAUAUUAGAGACCCUGUCUACUUUGUAGAGUCGGUCGGUGGGUGGGUAGGUGGGUUCUCUGCCGUCGUCACAACGGCGGCCUUGUUUGUUUUGAUCACUGUCGGGUAGGGCCAGACGCCUGACAAUAACCUGUCUUCUCACGAGCCACCGCGCGCGAGGAGGCCGCGACGACGGUGGGCUCCCGUCUAGUGUAGGCGCGCCGUUUUGUAAUGUGUUUGCCUGCUGUUUUGUUGUAUCCACUCAUCACGUCUGGCAGGACACCGUCACGUAUUUAUUACCAUUCCUGUUAGCGAUUCAUUCAUGGCCGCUCACUAAUGGUAAUGGAAUUAAAGGCCUAUCUUUCAAUAUAAAAGCUAUCCACG